AUGGGGACCUCAGGCCUUAGACCUAUGGAGUUGUUUAGAUAUAUGUGUGUAGAAGCAGGAGGUGAAGAUUGUGUAGGUCACACUGCCAUAGACCAUCUUAAUUUUUGUUCAAGACUUAGAAUGAAACAAAUAGAAGCAGGUGAUGCUCAAGCUUUAAUUGAUAUCUUGUAUCAAGAACAAGCAAAUGAUCCUGGUUUCUAUUUCAGAGUAAAACUAAAUGAAGAAGGAAGGGUUUGCAACCUAUUUUGGCGAGAUUCUAUGAUGUUAGAGGAUUACAAAAUUUAUGGAGACAUAUUAGUGUUUGAUACUACCUAUAGAACAAACAAGUACAAUUUGAUUUGUGCUCCUUUUGUGGGUAUCAACAACCACUGGAAAAACUGCAUGUUUGGUUGUUCUUUCAUUGGAAAUGAGAAGAUCGAAUCCUUUGUAUGGUUACUUGAGACCUUUAAGAAGUCAAUGGGAGGUAACUGCCCAAUUACAAUUUUUACUGAUCAAGAUCAAGCUAUGGCUAAUGCGAUCGAAAAUGUAUUCCCUGAUACAAGGCACAGAUUGUAUAUAUGGCAUUUGGAGAAAAAUGCAAUUUCAAGAUUUGGAGCUCUAAAAAAAGACACUAAAUUUAAGCAUGUAUUCAACAAGUGCUUGAAAGGGUGUGUUACAGAAAUUGAAUUUGAGGCAAGGUGGCAGUCAAUGAUAGAAACAUAUGGGCUGCAAGAGCAUUCUUGGUUCAACAGAAUUUAUGAUCUGAAAGAUAAGUGGUGUCCAGCACUGAGUAAAGAUUUUUUUUCGGCUGGUAUACUUUCGUCUCAACGAAGCGAGAGCACGAAUCAUGCAAUAGGAUUCAAAGCAAACAAGUCAACCACACUUACUGAGUUCUAUAGAAUUUUUAGGGCAACAAUUCAACGAUGGAGAAGUACAGAGAAACAAGAUGAGUUCACAUGCAGUAGGGCAGUGCCAUCUUCGGCAUUUCUAAUAUCCGGUUUACUAAAGCAUGCUUUACAAGUAUACACUAUGUCUCUCUUCAGAGACUUUGAAGAAGAAUUUGGAUACUCAAUGGCAGCAACAUCUUCACUAAUUUGGAGCAAUGAAGAAACUAUGAUGUUCCAAGUAUCUUUGGAAGAGAAGACAUGGUCUGCACAACAAGUUUGUUAUAUGCCUGCAACCAACAAAGUUUGGUGUACUUGCAAAAAUUUUGAAGCUUCUCGGUGGUUAUGUUAUCAUUGCAUCAGAGUAUUGCACAAUUUUUCAAUUACAAGGAUACCAGAUGAAUAUAUUACGACAAGAUGGACAAAGUAUGCAAAAUCUGAAGUUUGGGACAGAUUGAAAAACCAAGAUCAACUACAGCUCGAGUAUACACCAUGGCGACAAAUAAUUGCAAGAAAAUACUACAACUUAAUCUUAAAGAGCCAAGCAAAUGAAGAAACAAGGAAACUUAUAGAUGAGAGUUAUAAGACAAACCUGAAACUUAUUGAAGAGAUGCUUGUUGCUGCAACUCUAAAAGAAGCUGAAGUUGCUGCUCCUUCUGAAGUUGCUGAAAGUACUGAAAGCACUACUAUUGAACCUGAUUCAUCAUCAACCUCAACAGGUGUAAGUGUUCCAAGAGUAUUGGAUCCUAAACGUGUUGUCACGAAAGGAAGAAAAAAGAGAAUAAAAGGCGGAUUGAAAAGCAAGAGUUCGAAGAAGAGCAUAGCGCCUCAAGCAAAUUCGGAGUUUGGAUCCAAGACACCUAAUGCACAUCUGUUUUAG